AAUUUACCUCUCCACCCUCUCCUUCAAUAUUCAUCACCUCCUUCCCUAGCCACUCUUAUAAGCGAGAUCUACAUGUGCCUAUGCGUUUUUCUCUCUCUUCUUUUUAUAGAAAAACCUUUUUCCUCGAUUGAAAGAAAGAAAGAAAGACAAGCUACGAAAAGAUUUUUGGCUUCCAUUGCAGACCAGGGAUUCGAUCCAAAGAUAUGCUUCUCCUUUUUUUCCAAAAGGGGUGUUUCAUGUUUGUUUAGUGUUUCUUAUUAUUAUUAUUUCCCACUCACAACAAUUUCAUUCAUCAUCAUCAUGGCUUCUUCAUAACAACCUUCACCACAAAGGUUAUAUUAAGGCCCUCUCAUAACCUUUGUUUUUUUUUCUUCUCUUUUUAAUUCCCCUCACCACUACUUUUUUUUUCCCUCUUUGUUCCACACUUUUGCUUAAUUUGCAAGCUAUGGAUUCUGGCAAUAGUGGAAGUAUCUCUUCAAGUGGUGAUGAAGAAUACGAUUCACGAGCUGAUCACACAGUACUACUCCCUUCAACUUUCAUCAAUAACCACCACCAUCACCACCCUUCCCAAUUUGGCUCCAUCUCACAACACCCUCUUGUUUCUUCUUCUCAUUACCAACAACACCAACACCAACCUCAUCAUCCUUCUUUGUUUGAUCUAUCUUCAAGCUAUCUCCACGCCCUCUCUCAACCAAACCAAUCAACAAAUCCAAACUCCUUCCUCAACUUGGACACCGCCACGUCGUCGACACUACCUCGAAGAUCUGAACCCGAUUGCACCAUUAAUGUUACCUCAUCACCACCACCACCACCAACAAAGACAACAAACAUAAACCAAUGUUUGUUGGGUUGUCAAGUAGGUCUCAACACGGACAAUGCAAGACCAAAUACAAUCCUACUCGAGUCAGGUAGAACCAGUAACGUUGGUCGCAACUCGAAGAAGCGAACCAGGGCUUCGAGGAGGGCACCAACCACCGUUCUCACCACCGACACUUCGAAUUUUAGAGCCAUGGUUCAAGAGUUCACCGGAAUCCCUGCACCGCCGUUCUCAGCUUCUUCCUCGUACUCUCGAAGGCUUGAUCUUUUCACUGGCUCGUCCUCCUUAAGAAGCUCCUCUCACUUAGACACAACAACGGGUACUCCUUUCUACCCUUUGCAUCCUUCACCACAAAAGGUACUUCAUCAUCAUUAUCAUCAUCAACAACAUCAUCAAAACCCAUUGCUUUUAUCUUCCUCAUCAUCACCUUAUAGUAACAUGGUUGAUGCUAUAGCUUCCACUACCACCACCAACAAUUCUUCAUCUAAUAACAACAACAACCCAAUUAACUUCCAACAACAACAACUUCCUCCUGAUUUUGGUUUACCCUAUCAUCAUAAUAACCCACAAAACAUCAUGUUAAGCAUGCAAAACCACCCUACUCUUGCAUUUCACCCUCCACCACAACCUCUUCCCCCUUUUGGGUUCAGUACAAAGUUACCAUCAAUUGAGGAUCUGGGUAUGAGCCAUGGCCAAGUCAAUAAUAAUAAUCCAAAUUUUGUUUCAAGUGGGCAUGUAACUUCUGAAGGGGUGGCACUGAGGAGUGUGAACAGUGAUGGAGGAGGAGCAAGAGAUGUUUCGUUAAGGUCAUUGGAUGGUGGUAGCUGCAAGUUGAACUUUUCUGUGGCUUCUGCGUCCACUAGCUUGAACCAUGAUAAGAGCACCUUACAAAAUAUUAAUAAUAAUGAUAAUAACAACGCUACUACUAGAGGGGAAAGUACCGUGGAUUCCUGGAUUUGUUCUUCUGAUCGAAUAGACUAAACCCGGUACAGAAACUUGUUAUCAUUACAUGGUAGAAUACGAUGCUGCAAUGAAUUAAGAUCGUGAUCAUGAUGAUGUUGAUCAUAGUGGGUGUUGGUGGUUAGAAUUUGCAGCCAACACCUUUCUUCUUUUCUUUUCCUUUCUUUUUUUCCCCUCCUUUCUUCUUUUUCUCUUCCUUUUUUUUUAUUUUAAAUAUUUUGAUAUUGUCAUAAAAAUUAAGUAGCCGCCGGUUUGAGAGAUUAAUUUAAUCAUGCAUGAUAUGUGUAAAUUAAAUAUAUACUUCCUUUGAUAUAUACAAUCGAUGAUGACCAAAUGAUGUUUAAUAUUAUUGCAGAAAUAGUAUAAUGCUAGUUCUAGCAUAUGAUUGUACGUUGAUUAGUGUUUU